AUGUUGUUUAAAUUGCUCCUGCUUCUCCUCCAGGUGGAGAAGCGCCUGGAGUUGGUGAAGCAAGUGUCCCACAGCACACACAAGAAACUCACCGCAUGUCUGCAGGGCCAGCAAGGCGCCGAGGCCGACAAGCGUUCUAAAAAAUUGCCUUUGACAACACUGGCUCAGUGUCUGAUGGAGGGGUCAGCUAUCCUGGGAGAUGACACACUUCUCGGGAAGAUGCUGAAACUGUGCGGGGAGACGGAGGACAAGCUGGCUCAGGAGCUGAUCCACUUCGAAUUGCAAGUAGAGAGAGACGUGAUCGAGCCCCUGUUUUUGCUGGCCGAGGUGGAAAUCCCAAAUAUACAAAAGCAGAGGAAACAUUUAGCUAAGUUGGUGCUGGACAUGGAUUCUUCGCGAACCAGGUGGCAGCAGACUUCCAAGUCUUCAGGUUUGUCCAGCAGCUUACAGCCUGCGGGUGCCAAAGCUGAUGCCCUCAGGGAAGAAAUGGAGGAGGCUGCCAACAGAGUGGAGAUUUGCAGGGACCAGCUCUCAGCUGACAUGUACAGUUUUGUGGCCAAAGAAAUUGACUAUGCAAACUACUUUCAAACGCUCAUAGAAGUGCAAGCGGAAUACCACAGGAAGUCACUGACACUGUUGCAGGCGGUGUUGCCUCAGAUAAAAGCACAACAGGAGGCUUGGGUAGAGAAGCCUUCCUUUGGGAAGCCACUGGAGGAGCACCUUAUGAUCAGCGGCCGGGAGAUCGCCUUCCCCAUCGAGGCAUGCGUGACAAUGCUGCUGGAGUGUGGGAUGCAGGAGGAGGUGGGGGGUCCUCCCGGUUCCUCGGCCUCCAAGCUGAAGAAGCUGAAAGCUGCACUGGACUGCUGUGUGGUGGACGUGCAGGAGUACUCAGCGGACCCCCACGCCAUAGCAGGAGCCUUGAAAUCUUACCUCCGAGAGUUGCCGGAACCACUCAUGACCUUCGAACUCUAUGACGAGUGGAUCCAGGCUUCCAAUAUCCAGGAGCAAGACAAGAGGCUUCAAGCGCUGUGGAAUGCCUGUGAAAAAUUGCCCAAGGCCAAUCACAACAACAUCCGCUACUUGAUCAAGUUUUUAUCCAAGCUGUCAGAAUACCAGGAUGUCAACAAGAUGACUCCCAGCAACAUGGCCAUUGUGUUAGGCCCCAACCUCCUGUGGCCACAAGCGGAUGGGAACAUCACUGAGAUGAUGACCACGGUUUCCCUGCAGAUUGUCGGGAUCAUCGAGCCCAUCAUCCAGCACGCAGACUGGUUCUUCCCUGGGGAAAUAGAAUUCAACAUUACAGGCAAUUAUGGAAGCCCGGUACAUGUGAACCAUAAUGCCAACUACAGCUCCAUGCCCUCCCCAGACAUGGACCCCACUGACCGGCGCCAACCUGAACAGGCCCGCCGGCCCCUCAGCGUCGCCACGGAUAAUAUGAUGCUGGAGUUUUACAAAAAGGAUGGCCUUAGGAAAAUCCAAAGCAUGGGUGUGAGGGUCAUGGACACCUCCUGGGUGGCUCGAAGAGGCUCCUCUGCCGGCCGGAAAGCAUCCUGCGCCCCGCCCACCAUGCAGCCUCCCGCCCCGCCUGCCGAGCUGGCCGCGCCCCUGCCUUCACCCCUGCCGGAGCAGCCCCCGGACAGCCCCGCAACUCUUCCGGCGCUUUCUCCAUCUGGCCCUGGCCUGCAGCCGGGGGCUGAGCGGACCAGCACUCCUAAAAGCAAGGAACUUUCUCCCGGGUCUGGGCAGAAAGGAAGUCCAGUCUCCGGCCAGGGAACAGCCUGUGCAGGGACACAACCGGGGACACAACCAGGUGCCAGCCCCAGCCAGCCACCUGCAGACCAGAGUCCUCACACCCUCCGGAAAGUGUCAAAGAAGCUGGCACCAAUUCCACCCAAGGUCCCCUUUGGCCAGCCGGGGUCUGUGACUGACCAGUCCACCGGCCAGCCAUCCCCAGUCAGCUUGUCUCCCACCCCACCAAGCACCCCUUCACCCUAUGGACUGAGCUACCCUCCGGGCUACUCCUUGGCCUCCGGCCAGCUCUCCCCAGCGGCCGCUCCGCCCUUGGCCUCUCCUUCCGUCUUUACAAGCACUUUAACCAAAUCGCGGCCCACCCCCAAGCCCCGACAGAGACCCACUCUGCCGCCCCCGCAGCCUCCUACGGUAAACCUCUCCGCCUCUAGUCCGCAGUCCUCGGAGCACCCCGUGCUAGAUGGCAUGUCCCCUGGGGAAAGCAUGUCUACAGAUCUUGUCCACUUCGAUAUCCCCUCGAUCCACAUAGAGCUCGGAUCCACGCUCCGCCUGAGUCCCCUGGAGCACAUGCGGCGACACUCAGUAACUGACAAGAGGGACUCGGAGGAAGAGUCUGAGAGCACCGCCCUCUGACACGGCACCCGUCCCCCCGACACGUGUACAUAGCUGCGUGGGCCCUCGAAACGCCGCGGGAGCAGUGCCCCGUGCUGGCCCCGCGUGCUCCCCGCUGGCCCUCUCCUGUCACUGUCACUGUCACUGCCGGCGUCAGGCUGGAGUUUGGCGGGGAAUCGUGCUCUCCAGUUCGUGUGGCAAGUGUUGGUGGUGCGGAUUUUGUUCAUUCCUUUCCGGUGGUGACUUCGGCCUUUUGUUUGCCCUUUGCCUUUUGACUUUGUGCCUAUUUCGAUCCACUUUCAGCCUCCAUGCCAAGCGACACCUCCGGGCCCAAGGCCUUGCUUGUCAGGAAAUGUCCUUGGUGGGGUGUGGGGUACAGGAGAGGGAUGCCUAUGGGUUCUAACGUCGGCCCCGUGGUGUCAGCUUAGUGGCCACGGAACAGGAACGGGACGUGGGGGACCCUCUCAUUUGCAGCUGGACUAGGUCUGGAAUUCCCUGUGUCCUGGGGCCCGACCUUUGCCUGCUGCUCGGUGGGAGAACCAGCCGGUGUGAAACCAUCUGUCCUGAGAAAGCUCCAAACUGAAUGGCUUUGGGUGAGGUGUGCUUCACUUCCUAGCAGUUUUACUUCAUCCCCCAUAGUUUUACACUUCUGCAUUCGAAAACUGACUUGAUGGUGCCUGGAGGGCCCAGCCAGUAGCUCCCCAGGCCCCCUGUGGGGGAUCUGAGAGCAGCCCUGCCUCUCUAGGCACCCAGAGGCAGCCAGCUUGUAGGUAUGUCCUUUCUCGGCACCUGUCUCUUCUUUCUGGAGGUUACAAAUGAAGAGCAAUAAUCCUUUUACCCAAAGCAUGUGGAGGAACGAGAGUAGCCCACAGAGACCCCGGCCCGUUCCGUGGCCUGCCUCGCUCACCAGCAUCCGCCGCUCACCCCUUCCCACAAAGUCCCAUCCGGUCACAGGGCGGGGGAUCGGGAAGGCAAGGGGGUCCUGUUCUCACUUUGGGAUGAAGAGAAGCAGAGUGGGGCCAUGCAUGCCAAGUCAAAGUUUAAAAUUUUAUCCUUUUAAAAUAGAUAUAAUAUACCUAUACAUGAUAUAAUAUUUGUAUAUAUGAAAUCUCUAUAUUUGUUUAAUUUGAGCCAUCCAACCUAAACCAGUGUACAGGUGUACAAUGAAAAAUUUAAAUGCUUAGUUAUUUUUCCCAGCGCGGUGGAAAGUCACCCUUCUGAGAGUGGGACUGGCAGACUGGAUGUUAACGGCUUUGCUCACUUCCUGGCAAGGGCGGUUCAAUCCCCAAUUUGUAACAGAGCCCCAGGGGUUGAAAGUUCUCUUUAAAUACAUGUACAAAUUGUUGUCAAAAGUAACGUUAUUAAAAUAGAUUUAUUAUCCCUGAGCUUGGAAUAUGUUCUUAUGGUCCUAAUAAACCUGCGGGGACACAGCCAUCGAUGUCAUGUGCUACAGUAGGAGGAAGCAUGAAGGUCACCACUAGGUCAGG